AAUUGUUGAAUAACCAAUUGUUUACUCAAAAUCUACUUUUUAAGUCCACAUAUAUCAAGUUUCAUCUCUUUUCCUUCAUUUAGUUAGUGAAAUAAUGGCUAACGCAGACAAAUUUCAUGAUGCAAACCCUAAUCUUCUCGCUGCGGGUCUGCCCUACCCAAGCUACCCUCUAAACGUGAAAAAACUGCUUGAUGCUCAGGCAACAAGCGACUUUUCCACUUACGAAGACUCGUACCAGAAAAAGAAACUGGAGAAAACUGAAAUGUGCGCUCUCGGGGUGAACCGAUACAAGACAGAGCUGUCAGAAACUAUUUACGGUCCUUAUGGCUACUGCGACGAAAUGGUUUUGGGCCCUAAGAACAACAAGCAUUUCCUGGGUAGAGCGCAGGAACCGCAUUUACCUGAGACCUGGCCUUCCCAGCAGCCCUUUGGCAUGAAGUACAGGAAAGGCUGGACGACCGGACAAACUCUGGAUUCGCAGGGGCGGCUGGGCACGGAGCCAAAGAGCCAACAUGAGCUCGGCAGGGCCUUCUCUAGAUUUGGCACCCCACACGACCCGAACAAGUGUUUUGGCAUCCGGAUCAAUCCUGACCACAGCGGUGGCACCAUGUGGAAGCUGAUGGACAACCCGCACGUUGAUCUCACUGAUAACAAGUACGAGGUGAAACCCAAUUCGAGCUUCAAGUACAAGAAAGAGACCAAGGUGGAGAUUCCAAAAUUCAGAAAUAAGAAGAUUGCCAUCAAAAAGAAUUAAUAGAGAACGUACAAAUUUCAGCUGAUGAAUAAAAUUUUAGAACAAGUAUUUUUA